AUGAAAGUACACCAAUUUGCCUCGCUCCAGAUAAUUGCGGAAGAAGUCGAGGUUGAAAGAAAUCUCCAACACUGGGGGCUGGGUGGAGUGUUCUUCAUCCAGUCGAGGACAGAGACUUUCAAGGUGAUGACUCCGGAGGACAACGUAGCCACUGAUAUGACCCGAAAAGGUUUACCUUCGUUCACUCCCGAUCUCGAAAACAGGAUCAGUCGAUCAAUUGCCUGGAUGGCAGAGUGCGAGAAAAUGCAUGAGGUGUGCAAAGGGCUCGGGAGUGGACCGUUACCCACCAGAAUCCUAGACCUUGGAACCCUGGAGCACGGAACUCAUCUGAAGCUUCGGGAUGAUCUGGCUGGAGCUCCAGGUCGUUACGCUUGUCUCAAUGACUUCAAGAAUGGCAUCCAACUAACAUCGCUGCCAAAGACAAUCCGAGAUGCCAUACGUGUCACUCGGAAACUCAAUCUGCGAUAUCUGUGGGUAGACGCACUCUGCAUAUUGCAGGAUGAUGAAGAGGACAAAGCUAGAGAAUGCUCGAAGAUGGACCAAAUUUAUCAACAAGCAUAUAUCACGAUCGCAGCUGCUAGAGCGGAAGACUGCCAUGAUGGAUUCCUGGACGCAACGGAAUCGAUUACUGAUAGUUUACCAAGGUUGCCGAUUGUAUACCCUAAUGGACGACAAGGCAAGUACCAGCUGCUUUGGCUGUGUACCAACGGCCUUGAACAUGAGCAGGAUGAGAUCUGUGAAUUGGCUGGACCUUAUUCCCAAGGGAUGAAUCUAGCCAGUACUCCAUUCGAUUGGAUAUCGGAUCACAAGCCGGAUAGACACUGGCUGGCGAAGAUGCACCAAUUUUUAGCAGGCAAAGCUCCAAUAACCAAAGGAUAUUUUUGUUUCCAAUUCGCGCCAUCUUUCGUCCACGAUGAGAUGCAGGCACUAUGGGAGCAAAUGAUGCAGGAGUACUCGAAACGGAAACUCUCAGUUAUGUCAGAUAAACUCUCUGCGCUUGCUGGACUUGCUUCAAGGUUCAGGGAGUUUAUCCAAGACGAUUAUCUCGCCGGACAUUGGAGAAGAUGGUUACUGCCUCACCUACUCUGGAGGUGUGUCGAUGAGAGGGGCGCCGUAAGAUUGCCAUGCUGUCCAUCGUGGUCGUGGCUCUCGGUGGACGGACCCAUUUGCGUCGAGAAUCAAGAUUCGUCUGAUAUAAGGAUUUUCUAUCCUCAGCCGGUUGCAAAAAUUAUCAGUUGUAAAACAACUCUCCGCUUCGAUACCGCUCCAUACGACCAAGUUACUUCCGGUACGUUAAUCAUCCGUGGGUGUCUUCACGCCGUGGCGCUCGACCUCGACUUCCAAGAAUUUUGUUACGACCAUCCAAAUGAUCGGCGAGCACCAGAGCGAAAGAUGCGGAAAAUCACAUUGGAUGACCCGAUCGCAUUCUGGGGCUUGGAGGGCACAGACUAUCGCAGUCUUUCAUCUGACAUGACUUCUCUAACCACGGUAUGGUGUUUACCACUUUAUAUCGUUCCCGAAGGACGGAGAAGUCACCCAUCGAUGGUGCGGGGAAUUACUCUUGCUAAAAGCAGCAAAACACAUUACAAACGCGUCGGCUGGUUCUACGGAGAUGCAAGUUGGUUUUAUACAGAGGGGUCAAAAGAUUUACGGGAGAAAGAUAUCUCUAUUAUUUGA